GCCCAGAACCCCAACAACGCCGCGGGAAAAUUUCUGCUACCCCAAAUCGCUAUUUUAUCGUCGAUCGGUGUCUAUCUCCCCCUCCGACAUCACCCUAGGAAUCGACCAUUGACGUGCGUUUCCAAAGGUGCGAUAGUACCUAAAUGUGGGGUUUAGCGAGCUCCAAAACUUUUUGACUACACGUGAGGACGUCAUUGGUCUUUGGGUAGAAAAAGCGCGCCACAACGCUGUGAAUCAUCUCACGAAUUGACUUCACGAUACCCCAAUAUCCUUCCAUACAAUUGUUCUUGUCGUGAUAUCACACGUAUUGUGGUUACGGCAAAGUUGAAAAAUUACUCUGAUACCAGAUUCGGAAGACUAUCGGACUAACCCACAAACGAACCGCCAGACGGUUACUCAUCCACCACAUCACCCCUCAAAACACCACACAGUCAUGGCUACCAACAAUAGCUCCCUGGACAUUCAGUCCCGCAUAUCAGAUAUGAAGACCAAAUCUGGCGCCACCAUAUUCGAUGCGUACCAGACUUCCCUUACAGGCCGGUACUGUUCGGCGGAGAUGUCGCAACUGUUCUCGCAGCGCAGCCGACACUCGAUAUGGCGCAAGCUGUGGCUGUUCCUCGCAGAGGCAGAGAAGGAGCUAGGAAUCGAAAACAUCAGUGAUGAGGCGCUCACCCAGAUGAGGGAGCACCUAACCGUUACGGAUGAUGAUUUCGGAGUUGCCAAGGUCGAGGAGAAGAAGAGGAGACACGAUGUUAUGGCGCAUGUACACGCCUUUGGACAAGUUGCUCCUGCCGCAGCAGGUAUCAUCCAUUACGGAGCAACCAGCUGCUAUGUAACGGAUAAUGCCGAACUCAUCCUUAUGCGCGAUGGUCUGGAUCUCCUCAUCCCCAAGCUCGCCAAAGUCAUUUCCAACCUCUCCGCCUUUGCCCUGAAAUGGAAAACCGAGCCUACUCUUGCUUACACCCAUCUCCAGCCCGCUCAGCUCAUCACCGUAGGUAAGCGAGCGGCGCAAUGGGCGCAAGACCUCCUUUUCGAUCUUGAGGCCAUAGAGCUCGUCCGCGAGACCCUGCAAUUCCGUGGUGCUCAAGGAACGACCGGCACACAAGCCUCCUUCCUCGAGAUUUUCAACGGCGACAGCAAGAAGUGCGACCAGCUCAACGAGCUGCUCUGCAAAAAGGCCGGAUUCCCCUCCUGCUACGCUAUUUCCACACAGACCUACACCCGCAAGGUCGACCUCAUCAUCGCAAACGCCAUCUGCGGUCUCGGUGCCUCGGCACAAAAGAUCACAGGAGACAUCCGCCACCUAGCCGCGUGGAAGGAACUCGAAGAGCCGUUUGAGAAGGACCAGAUCGGCUCUUCCGCCAUGGCGUACAAGCGCAACCCCAUGCGCUCAGAACGCAUUUACGCGCUCAGCCGUGAGCUCAUGUCCAAGCCAGCCUCGUUCGCAAACACGCUCUCAGACCAAUGGAUGGAGCGUUCCCUCGACGACUCGGCGAUCCGCCGCAUGGACAUCCCCGAGAUGUUCCUCCUUGCCGACGCCAUCUUGCUGUCUCUCGACAACGUAACAUCCGGUCUGGUCGUCUACCCCAAGCGCGUCGACGCACGCGUGCAAGAGGAAUUGCCCUUCAUGAUCACAGAGUCCAUCAUCAUGCGUCUCGUUGCCAAGGGCGAAUCGCGCCAGGAAGCACACGAGCAGAUUCGCGUUCUCUCCCACCAGGCUGGUGCGCAGGUCAAGAACGAGGGCAAAUCAAACGAUUUGGUUGAUCGCAUCAGGAACACAGAGUUCUUUAAGCCUAUCUGGGGUGAGCUCGAUACUAUGCUUGACAGCAAGUUGUACACGGGACGGAGUGAGGAGAUUGUCGAGAAAUUCUGUGGAAAGGGUGGUGUGCUUGAAGGUAAGCUGAAGAAAUACCAGGAUUACAUCGAGGGUGCCAAGGUCAGUGAGUUGAAUGUUUAGAGGGUUGUAUAUCAAAAAAAGGGUCCGAGAGAAGAAGAAAAAGGAAGACUCUAGGCGUUCAUUGGGAGUCAAGAUAGAUGAACGGAGUUGAGGAGAAAAGUAAUCAACUUACGAGUAUCUGGUCAAAAGUCCUACUCAAUUCUUCGACAAAGCAACGAAAGUCGUGUAUCAUUCAUCAU